CCCUUUAAUUCUAGGAUAAAAAAUGUAGCAACAGAGAAUUUGUAAGGACCAUUAUUGCAAUUUCAAAUUCAAAGUCUAUUUCUCUCUCGUCUCAUCCUAAAACACCAUGCCGAAUUGAGCAAACCGAAUAGAUGGGGCGGUGUUCCCGAGUCCACGUCGGCAAUUGUCGAGUUCCAUUGUGACCACUCCAUCCAGUCUAAGGUGUUUCUCGCCAGUGAUCACCAUAGUGGUUGUCUUAGCGAAAGAAGAGAGCGGUGUGUCGAUUGUUAUUUCUAGUUAGGUUUGAUUUGAUGAUCGUAAUUUAAACCAAAACUGGACCAAUAGGAUAUUAUUUUGUAUGGUUUGAUUCCAGUUUUUGGAUGCUUGGUCAAAUGGGUUCAUCGGUUUGACUCAAAACCCAGCCCAAAUCUUGUUAGAUCGCAGCCAUGGUCAACAGUCAAGAUUUCAAGAAUUCAAUCCCCCUUUCUUCUAUCUCCACUCCAGAACGUGGCACCAAGAUGAGCAAGCUAACCUCAUCAAGCUCCGAGCUAGACCUAGAUCGCCCCAACAUCGAAGACUACCUUCCCUCCGAUUCCAUUCCACAACCUCACGCCAAGCUUCGUUUGCGCGAUUUGCUGGACAUCUCCCCGACGUUAACGGAGGCGGCUGGUGCCAUUGUCGAUGAUUCUUUCACACGAUGCUUCAAAUCAAAUCCUCCAGAGCCUUGGAAUUGGAAUAUAUAUUUAUUCCCUUUGUGGUGUUUGGGAGUUGUAGUUAGAUAUGGGAUUCUUUUCCCUGGAAGGGUUCUUGUUCUGACAAUAGGAUGGAUAAUCUUCCUAUCAUGUUAUAUUCCUGUGCAUUUGCUAUUAAAAGGGCAUGAUAAGUUAAGAAAAAGGCUAGAGAGGGCUCUGGUGGAGUUAAUUUGCAGCUUCUUUGUUGCAUCAUGGACAGGGGUAGUGAAGUAUCAUGGCCCUAGACCAUGUGCAAGGCCUAAACAGGUGUUUGUGGCUAAUCAUACAUCAAUGAUUGAUUUCAUUGUUUUAGAACAAAUGACUGCUUUUGCUGUUAUCAUGCAGAAACACCCCGGAUGGGUUGGACUUCUGCAAAGCACUAUUUUGGAUAGUUUGGGGUGUAUAUGGUUUAAUCGUUCGGAAGCAAAGGAUCGUGAAAUUGUAGCAAGAAAGUUAAGGGAGCAUGUUGAAGGAGCUGACAACAAUCCUCUUCUUAUCUUCCCUGAAGGAACUUGUGUAAAUAAUCAGUUCACUGUUAUGUUCAAAAAGGGUGCAUUUGAACUUGGGUCCACUGUUUGCCCAAUUGCAAUCAAGUACAACAAAAUUUUCGUUGAUGCUUUCUGGAAUAGCAAAAAACAAUCUUUCACGACUCAUUUGUUACAGUUGAUGACAUCAUGGGCUGUGGUUUGUGAUGUUUGGUACCUUGAGCCUCAAAAUAUGAAGCCUGGAGAAACACCUAUUGAGUUUGCAGAGAGGGUGAGGGACAUCAUAUCUGUUCGGGCAGGUCUUAAGAAGGUUCCAUGGGAUGGAUACUUGAAAUACUCUCGCCCCAGCCCAAAACAUAGGGAACGCAAGUAAGUUCAAAUUCUAUCAUUCUUUUACAAAAAAAAUCCCCUUAACAUUUUUGUUACGGAUUUGGUCCUUAUGAUUUACUCAAACUCACAACUUUGGUCCAAUUUAAGACUUGCAUUGCGUUGUCAGAGGGAAUAAUCCGCAACAAAAUGCAAACUUAAGGAAGUCUUCAGGAAGAUUUUAAAAAAUUGGACCAAAAUUUUUUGAAUAAAGCACAAGGACCAAAUUUGUAAUUUACUAAUAAAUGGCAAUAUUAUACGCGAAAUUUCAACUCUUAUAAUAUAUAUAUAUAUAUAUAUAUAUAUAUAUAUAUAUAUAUAUAUAUAUAUAUAUANNNNUUUUGCAGAGUCGGUGCUGCAUCGGUUGGAAGAGAAAUGAGGAUUGUAGAUUUUCAAGCAUUGCUGGGAAGAUAGAUAAUUAUUAAAUCAUGAGCAAAUAAGAUUAUGCCUUUUUGUUGAAUGUGUCUUUGUGUGUGUGUGUGUGUGUUCGUUCACUUAAAUUUAUGAACAGGCGAUACUUUAUACUGACCUUAAUUUGUUUAGCAAGAGAGCUGUUUUGUAAUGGUUUAAGUGUUUUGUAGAAUUUUAUUUGUUUCGUAUCUAGGUCAAAAGAUUUGUGAUGUAAAUAAUGAUA